AUGAGCUCGAAGCUCGUAGUGUCAAGCGUGCGGGGUUCCGUCAAGGAGCUACUUGCUGAAGCAACUGGCGAGAAGAAAAGGAACUUUGUCGAAACCGUCGAGCUCCAGGUCGGCCUCAAAAAUUAUGACCCUCAACGUGACAAGCGUUUUUCUGGAUCCGUCAAACUUCCAAAUGUCCCCCGCCCUCGCAUGUCGAUCUGCAUUCUCGCUGAUGCUGCAGAUAUCGACCGUGCGAAGCAAAUUGACCUGGAGUACAUGUCUGUCGAUGAUCUGAAGAAGCUGAACAAAAACAAAAAGCUCGUGAAAAAACUCGCCAAAAAAUAUGAUGCUUUCCUUGCCUCUGAGGCUCUCAUCAAGCAAAUCCCUCGUCUGCUUGGUCCCGGUCUUUCCAAAGCCGGCAAGUUCCCCACCCCGAUCUCACACUCGGAAGACCUCAGCAACAAGCUUACGGAUGUUCGUUCUACCAUCAAAUUCCAAUUGAAGAAGGUUCUAUGUUUGGGUGUCGCCGUCGGUCAUGUCCAAAUGAAUGAUGACCAAGUCCUCGCUAACGUUAUGCUUGCCAUCAACUUCCUCGUCUCACUUUUGAAGAAAAACUGGCAAAAUGUGAAGUCACUUCACAUAAAGUCCACGAUGGGCAAGCCCGUCCGUCUCUUUUAG